UCGAGUUGGUGGAAGUUUGUUGUUGGUAGCGCGUGAGUGUGUCUGACCGACACGGCGAAAGGUCCGUGUUCGAAUUGUAAAUUAGUACGUAUGGUGUGAGAGAGUGAAUUGCACUAUGAGUAGGUUAUUUAUUUUGUUGCAGUUGAUUUUCGUACCUUUGUCUGCAAGAGGCUGGGACAUUGCUGUUGUAACUACAGAUGAAGUUGACUUCUUCAGUGAGGAAGGAAAAAUCAUAGAUAGACUGAGAAAGCCAACUGCAAACCUCAGAGCACUGGAACUGGACCCUGUAAACCAGACGCUGUUCCUUACUGAUGACACAGACAGUGCCUACAGCAUAUUCACUCUCAGUCUCGAAGGGAACCAGGAUCUUAGGCCGUUCAUCCAAAGAGCUGACAAUUAUACGAUACAAGAUAUUGCAUAUGAUACGGUUUCUGGUGCAUUGUACUGGACUGGUGAGACAGCCAUAUAUUGGUAUACAAGUACAAUGAAGAACAGAAUGGGAGAUGUUAUCCAUAACCUUAGUGACAAUGAAUUUCCACAUGGAAUAACUGUAGCGAGUUGCAGGAGGUACCUUUACUGGACAAACAGUUAUCAUCUCCGUCCAACAAUUGAACGAUCCUUAUUAGAUGGUACUAAAAGGGAAGUUUUAGUAAGUAAGGACCUUUUCCAACCUAUGGGCAUUGCUGUGGAUGAAUUAGAAGGCAAGAUGUACUGGAGUGAUGAAAAAUCCGGCAUCUAUUAUGACAUAAAGCGAGCAAACCUUGAUGGAAGUAAUGUUGAGACCAUUAUAUGUGGUACAUACCAUGUGCCAGCCUACCUGACUCUUCAUUUACAUGAUAUCUAUUGGUCUGAUUCGGUACACAACGCUGUUUGGAAAAUUCCCAAAGAGCCCACUGAAGGUGUACAGCCUACAAAGAUAUACAGAUGUGAAAAUCGCAGGGCACUGCAUGGAAUUAUCGCUUGGUCUGAUGGCAGACGAGUAGAUUGCCAGUCAGAAAGAACGUCAACAAUUGCGGCAGAUAUUCGAAACUCGAGUGAAAGUUUUAACAGUAAUGAGCCCAUUAGAUUUGUAAUACCUGAGUCAUCAGUGACAGAAACUUCAGUGAGCUCAGAUUAUUGCCUUCAUUCUGGUAUGCUAUCUACAGAAAAGGGGAGUAGCAUAAAAUGCCAGUGUCCUCAGGGGUAUGGUGGGGACCGCUGUGAAGUGUCAGCAUGUGACAAUUAUUGCUUAAAUGAUGGAAAAUGUAAAAUAAAUUACAGUGGCUUACCAGUUUGUGUUUGUGUACGUGGUACAAAUGGAUCACGAUGUGAACAGCAUGUAUGUGACAAUUAUUGCCUGAAUGGUGCUGCGUGUGAAGUGAACAGUGUGGGACAACCUGCCUGUAAAUGCAAAGGUCAUUUCAGUGGCAUUCGUUGUGAGAUACCACAUUCAGAGCAUUCAUGUCGGUCAUAUUGCCAGCAGUUUGGUCAGUUUUACUUUCCUAUAGAUGGACAAGAUACGCCUGUGUGUAUGUGUCCUUCAGAAGUGGGUGCAGGUCAGUAUGAGGUGCAGCCGCUGGACAACAGUUCAUUGCCAAGUAUCAACUCUGGCUUGAGUGGAGAGCUGGCUCAGUCAUGCACGCAUGCCCACACUGUCAGUCGUUGGAUAUUAGCUACACUGGGAUGUGUGUGUUCACUGCAAUUGGUUGCAGUGGCCGUAUUGCUCAGGAAGGUGUGUGUCCUUCGCAAGAGGCCUCGAAUCAGGAAACGGAUCAUUGUCAACAAGAACGUGACACCACUAACCAGUUGUCCCCCUUUGCCUCAAGACCAGUGUGAAAUCACAAUUGAGAACUGCUGUAACAUGAAUAUUUGUGAGACGCCAUGUUUUGAGCCACAGUUACGGACUGGAAAGUCACCAAGGACAGAAGAGAAGACAACACUACUUGGAAGCAUGGAAGAAGCAGCGAGUUCCCCAUGUCGAGCUGAGCUGUAUUAAAUGAUAGAAGGAUGAAAAGUCUUUUGCUGUUAAAUAUUAUAUAUUGUUGUUAAACAUUUGAAAAAUUCCUGCACUCACUACUAUGUUUGAAAUAUGAACUUUACAGUUCAAGGAGCAAUUAAUAUUGGACCACCAAUCCAGGGUCUGAACCUUGAUGCCAUCUUUACCAGCAAAGAAUAAUGAAUGACAGUGCAGCUGCUCAAGGUCUUCAUAUUUCAGAUAUUCAACAAACAAGAUACAUAAUAUAAUAGUCAUGUAUAAUGAAGUGUUGUUAGGUUAGUAGUAAUACCCUGAUGGCAGCUAAGGAAAAAGAGGAACAAUUUUCACACAUAUACAGAAUUUUGUAAUAUUAAAAAUAUUCUUUGUUAUUUAUUUUCAGAAUUAAGUUUUUGCAAAGAAUGCAUUUUACAAGUGAAGAUUUAUUUUGCAUCUUGUUCAGUUCAUAGCAUUCUGUGUUGUGGCCUAUGCACUUUACACUUAAUAUCAUGCAGAAAUGUUUCAUUAUCAUCCCUUGAGCUACAUUUAUCCUGAAUAAUUCUAAUGACAGUUUACUUAUAAUGGAAUGAGAGCAAAUGAAUAAAAACAGUGACAAUAUUAUGAUUUGAAGACUACUAUCUUCUGGAAACAAAAUAUCCUUAAAAAAUAGCAGAACGCAACAUGCCGGAGGAUAGUACUCUUCGUAGUCACUGCUAUGAGACCUUCGAAUACCAUAUAUUGUGAAUAGAACUGUUACUCUUUUUGUAUAAAUAUUUGUUGCAUUGUAUGGAAGGUCAGUUAAAUUUACAUUAAGUUAUAUUUAAUGAAAUUUGUAAUAAAUGGUUAUUGUUUACAGUUGCUGUUAGUGAAACUUCAAACCAUAAGCUUUAUCUGUUUCCUGAGUUUAAAUACAACACAAAUUUAAAUUCUAGGCCCUAAAUUUUCUGUGGAAUGAAUGUGUUUGCUAUGAAGGUAUGUUGUGUGACAUUCAUUGAAGUAUUCCACAGUUCCUGAAUUCUCUAAUACAAGAAUGGCUGUAGCAAAAAAUAAAUAUGUUUGCCAAAAAGGAAUACUUAUCCAUGCAAGCACCGGUCCUUUUAAAAUUUUCUUUAUAAUAUUUAGUGUCAAGAAAUUUAUUUUUCAGAUUAGUCUUAUAUUUGUUUGUUUCAUCUCAAUACACCGCAAAUUUAUUCAGUCAUUAAUAUUAAUGAGAAUGUGUGUUUUUAAUGCAUUAUCACUUGCAUUUAUGAAAGUUCCCUGAUAAUUAAUGAAAAUAUAUUAAUUGUAGCAGUUAUAUAGCACUGAGUAGAAUGAGAUAUUUGUUACAUAUAAUGAGGUAUGGAGGGAUGGAAAGAAAAUGGUCAUUGCUUGUUCCAGGGUCGUAUCCCAGCAUUUUUCUGGUGUAGAGGCUGAGGGACAUGACAGGAAACAUUUACUCAAUUCAGCUUUUUGGGCCAAGAUUCGAACUGGGUACCCCUGGACAAAACUCACAAGCAUUAAUUGUUGCUGGAUGCACAUUAUUUGGCCUUUGUCUUUCACGGCAGAUAAUUUUCAUGAAGUCAACUGGGUGGUGAGUUCUGUCUUCAGGGGUGUAUAAUGCUGUGUAGUCUAGUGAAAAUCAGCACAUUUCAGAGGAACAUGUUGCCUCCAUCUGCAGGGAUGAAGAGUGAGCUAAACAAGAGUCAGCAUGAAGCAGGCAGCAAGCAGAGCAAACUGGACUACAUGGCAAUAUCCCAGAAGAUAAAACUCUUGAUAGCCACUGCUAUGAGAACCUCAGAUCCAACCUAAUGGAUGAAGUUUAUGGUUUGAGACUACAGUUAUUCAUGAAGUUUGGACUGUACUGUAUUUAGUUUUAAGUAAUAUUUGUAAUAGUCAAGUAUAUGACUAUUUUGUGAUCCAUGGUCUCCAUUAACAUGUGGAACUGGAGACCUUAUGUUUAGAUUCUGUAUGUAACAAUUUUCUUAUUUUGGGUCUUCUUGGUCUACACCUUUUUAUUUAUUUAUUUUGUUUUUUGCACACUUUGAAUCUUGAUGACAGGUUAUCAAGUGCUGUGGUUCUCAACUGUUGUAUGGUCUGGUAAAUUAUUUUUUAAUUUGAUGAGGGCCCGGUACAGUUGAUGCCAAGGCUUGGUGCCGGGCUGCGGCCUGGUGGUUGAGAAACUCUGAUCUAGUGUGCAUAUUUCAAAUCAUUUUUCUUGGAAGCUUAGUUCAUUCACUGAAUAUUAUGCAGCAUUUAAUUAUAAUUGCAUUGUUUAAAAAGCUUUCUGUUUCACAAAAUAGAAUUCCGAGAGUGUUAUUGUUGGACUUGUUUUUGCCCCUUUGGGGAGGGGGCUGCUGUUAAAUAGGGACGUCUUGUUGUAUGUAUGAAAGUUUGCUUGCCUAAGAUUAAAAAUCCAGGAGACUGUGGUCCCAGCAGGUCAUGUGGGUUCUGCACCUCACAGAUUUCUUAUUUACUUCACAGCUCUCCAAAUAUAACACAUGUUAUAUUUCACUUCAAGUGGGCAAAGAAAUUCUUAUUCUGUAAUCUGAGCCACAUAAACACUGAAAGAUAGAUUAUUUCCAGGCUGUUGCCAAGAUUUGAUGACAUAAUUUGGGGCUGCAGCUUGUCUUUUUAUUGUUUUUGUCUAUGAAAUUGCUGCUACUGUUUGUGUAUGUUACAUAUAGCCUGUAUCCCAAAAUGUGGUUGAGCGGUAAAAGACAUUAUGGGAACAUCCAUCUUGAGAAAAUACAAGAACAAGAAAAGCGCUUUAUGAAUUAAGAGCCCAGAGACACAAAUAUAUAAUUCUUUAACCGUGUGGUGGACUUCUUUAUUUUUCUCCAUGUCUCUUGUUGGUAAUGCAUCCCAGAGGGAGGUUGAACAUAGUGCAUAUUUUGUCACAGGCUGAAGAAGAACAAGAGACAAAAAAGCGCUUUGUGGAUUAAGAGCCCAGAGACACACAUAUGUAAUUCUUUAUCCAUGUAGUGUAUUUCUUUAUUUUUCUCCAUGCAUCGUGUUAAUGCAUCCCAGAGGAAGGUGGAAAUUAGUGGCCAUUUUGUCACAGGUUGUAUGAAUUACUUUGAUGGUUCUUGUACUGAUGUCAGUCACUUUUUGGCUCUGGAAUUCUAUGUCUCUGCAGCCUCUGUAUUAUGUUUGGGUAUUUAUUGCAUUAUAUUACUUCUAUUAACAUGUCACCAAAACUCAGAUAUUCCAGAUUUUAUUUAUUUCUUGUAUCAGUCAGAUUUGAUUUGAAAGUGUGAACAGAAUGCUGCAAACAUUCUCUUCACUGUAAUAUGCAAGAGAUGUGCAGUUGAAAGUCCAGGAGGCCAGAAAUAAGCCAUAUAUUUAAGAGUAUAUUUCUUUGUCCACAUAAUGAAUCAUCUUUGAUGAAAGUAUUGAAUAUCAUGGGCAUGUUAGAGUUUAAUGAUAUGGACAACACACAGAAGUGCUUUAUAGCUUAAAGUUUUUAUGGCAACAGUAUCCAGUAGGUCUUCACUGGUGAUUAGCCAUGUUACUAUAGAGGCCAUGUUGGGCACUCCAGAGACACUGCUAUCAUGGGUUGUGAGAUUUUUUAUGGGGCUAAUAUUUGUAUGGUAAGCUGUCUGUCUGUUGUCCUGGCCCACAGUGGAUGGUGUCACUUACAUCUGAUGACCAACUUAUGCAUUCAAAAAUUAUCUGCUUUGCAGCAGAUGACAGCCUCUUAUGUACACAGCCUGCAAAGAUGGUACCCAUUAUAUCAAUUGUUGAUAAUGUUGAUGGAUACAGUCUCUGAAAUAUAAGACACAAACACCACAUUGGCACAUCUAAUCACCCAUGAAGACUUCCAAACUAUUCUGCUCAAUUAAACUUCUGGUUUAUUGACCGUGGUAGUAGUACAGUAAUUUUCAUUGUAGCAUUUGGAUUUUCCAUGUUUGAUGA